GAGCCGGUCAGUGGCUAUUUUAGAACUGGGGGCUUUUACACCUCUGAUGCUCUUAUUAUAAAUAAACAAACAAAUCCAAGUCCUCCUCACCCCCUCCCAAUCUCUCUCAAAGCACACGAGUGCACCACAAACACAAAAACAUACAAAUGAAUCCAAGUAAAGCAGAUGCAUCUCUUGAGGUACCUCCUCUUCUUAGAGUACACAAAGAUGGAGCCUUGGAAAGGAUUGCUGGAACCCAAGUUGUCCCUUCUGGGUUCGAUCCUCAAACUGGUGUUUUAUCCAAAGACAAAGUGUUCAAACCAGAAACCGGUCUCUCAGUCAGACUUUACCGUCUCAACAAAGAAAGCAGUGGUCAUGAAAAGCUUCCUAUAGUUAUUUACUUUCACGGGGGAGCAUUUUGCGUAUCAUCAGUCUUUGAUCCCGACUACCACAAAAGCCUCAACACGCUAGUUGCUGAAGCUAACAUCAUUCUUAUUUCUGUGAACUACAGGCUAGCCCCAGAGCACCCUCUUCCAACAGCCUAUGAGGAUUGUUGGGCUGGGCUCAAGUGCUUGAAUUCUCAAGUUGCGGGAAAUCAUGACGUUGAGCCAUGGCUCAAAGAUAAAGGUGAUUUUGAGAGAGUUUACUUGGUUGGAGACGGUGCUGGUGCUAAUAUUGCACACCACCUAGCCAUGAGGGCUAGGAACAACUCGGACUUCAAUCUCGUCAAGCUCGCUGGGAUUGGUUUAGUAAAUCCUUAUUUCUGGGGUGAAAAGCCAAUUGGGGUAGAGGUCACGGACCCAAUUAGAAAAGCAAUGGUGGACAAGUGGUGGAACUUCGUUUAUCCGUGUGAUAAAGGUUGUGAUGAUUUACUCAUUCACCCAUUUGUGGAUGGUGCACCAAGUUUUGCUAACUUGGCCUGCCAUAAAAUACUUGUUAUUGUUGCUGAAAAAGAUAUAUUGAGGGAUAGAGGCAAGCAUUAUUAUGAAAAUUUGGUGAAUAGUGAGUGGAAAGGUACUGCUGACAUCUUCGAGAUUGAAGGGGAAGAUCAUGCGUUUCAUAUCUUUGACCCCGAUUGUCAGAAAGCGAAGAGCUUGAUUAAACGCUUGGCUUCUUUCAUUAACCAGUGAUAUGACUUUUUAACGUUUCUAAUUUUCAUUUAUGAUUCACUUCAGCGUUCAUGUAUUGUCAAUUGUGCACUUGUUAUGUAAACUACAUUUUACUAUUUAAUAAGAUAAUAUGUUAAAUUGUUAUUAA